GGUUGGACGGCUGAGUUGGCAUCUGCCGUGGCUAAAACAGAAGGAAGCCCCUGAGUCCUGACUUCAUUCCACUCCUCCACUCAUGUUUCCUUCUACGCAGACCCGUCCUCAAACGGCGACUGGCCUUACCUCACAAGAUAUGGACCUGCUCCCCUAUAUCCGUUCAGCAACCGAUUCUGACUAAUGCAGCAGUCAUCGCCGGCUUGCCUUCCUCCUAAUGCAGCAGUCCGAUUGCCACCACUGAUGCAGCAGCCGUUCGCCGCCACUAAUUUAGAUGAUGAAGAUGACGUACGGAUUCCAGCCAGGGGGGGCCUUGCUCCAACCGCACAAAGGAUGCCCAUUCUACAGUCCUCGUCCUCCCUGCCUACUGUUUCUGCACAUCCAGAAGACUCGUCAUCCACUGCCGACGCCCAGCCUAUGCUCUCUGCUGUCCAGCCGGAACUGCCGUCCACCACUGCCGAAAUCCAGCAGGCUGUUUCCAGCACCGAAUCAGCUCCUGUUUUGGGUCGUAGCCAGCGACAGCGAACUCCCAAUGUGUGCCUAAGUGAUUACCAGACCUAUGCUAUCACCCAUGGUGUUUCUCCUGCCAUUCCAAAUUGCAGUAAUGUUAUCCCAUGUAUAAAGAAGGCUAUAACUCAAUUGGGACUGUGCAAGGGUGAUAUUGACUCUAAACACAGAGGCCACAUUGAUAUCAAGUACCUGCAAGAUGUUCUUUGGUGUCUAGUUCUAAAUAAAUUCUAAUAUCUACAAGUGGUCAUCAUCUGGGAGUAAUUGGUUUGGUAAAGGCCGUAGAAACCAUUCAGGAAAUCAAAGAGAAUAUAUGUUUGGAGAUGAGAAAUAGGAAAUCAAGAUUUGGUGUUCUGAGAAAAGGAUCUUCUUAAGUUCUAGGAUCAAAGUUGAGAGCUCCCAUAUAAUACAGAGCAAUUUAGGUGGCCUCAAGACAAGCGGUUUAUCUGGAUGCCUCCAUCUGUCUUUGUUAUUUGGCAAUUUUUAAACUAAGUCCUUUGAAAUGGAUGACUGCUCAGCAAAGAGGUCUUUAAUAGUUCAAUUGCAAAAUUGGCCAUGUAGAGAGUAAAACUAGGUGAGAUUA